AUGGCUGACACGACGAGGGAGGCCGAGGAUUUCGACGCCUGGGAGGAGCAGCAGAAGGCCGAGCGGCGUCGCGCGGCCCAGGCAGAGCUUGCUGAGUUCCAUGCGCAAAGGCAGCGUGAGCUGGAGGCCAGACGCGAAGAGCGCGCGAAGGAGGCAGCCAGGAGCAGUGCCGAUGCCGUUCCCAAAGCUGCAGCUGCCGGGUAUGCGCCCGCGCCCGCAGUUCCGGAUGCGCUGAAGGCGCUGAUGCAGGCCUGUGGCAGCUCGCAGGACAUGGUGCACAUGCUGUCAAACCCCGCUGUGGCAGCGGCCCUUCAGGGAAAGGCGGUGCCCGUCGCAGCCGCAGCUGCCACGAGGAAGAAGGUUGAGCUGCGCGUCCGCGAGGUCGGAGACGCCGGGGCCAGCUUCCGGCGGGUGGUGCUCACGGAAGGCACUCCGCGCACCGGCACGACCUUUUCUCAGGUGGAGAGCCGCGUGUCGGAGAAGUUCGCCUCGAAACGGGAUGCGACCGGAAGAGAGGUCGGUCUCCGGCCCUUGGUUUCCCUCAUUCGCUUGAGGGACAAACUUCAGAUCGGCGAUGAUGAAGAUGUGGAGCAGUUGGAGGAUGGAGAUGAGCUCGAGGCGACCUUUGCUGCCGUCACGAGGGAAGCGUCGUAG